AUGCUCAGAGACGACCAGGGCAAGGUGUACAGGUACAGGAAUCCGAGCAACAGGGACGACUUCAAAGUGAGUUACGUGGACGGACGAGAAACCGUCGUGCUCCUGCCGCCGGGAGUACUGCAGCGGUCGGCCGCGGACCCGACCAACCAAAGUUCUUGCGGCAAUCGCAAAAGAGAGCAGCCGCCGGACUCGAAAGUAGAAAAUCGUGAGAACCCGUCGUCGGCCGCGGACGUCAGAAACGACUACGCGCGCGUCGUCGCCGACGCAGUCACGUCCGAAAGACCGGGAACCGCAACGCCCCGUCGCGUUAUCGUCGCACGAGAUUUCACCGGGUCGGACGGGGAUUCCGAACGGAAAAACAUUGCGCCCGCCGGACAGCCCCCGGGACCGGCCGCCGAGACCGCGGCGCGCGGCCGGGCCGACGCGAAUUCCACCGCGGACGUCACCACGACGACAUUGAGCCCGGUCCGCGGACCCGAACGGGACCGCUCCGGUCCGACCGACCACAAGACCGUCGGCUACGGUACCGGAAGUGUCCCGAUGUUGUCGCUGGUCAAUCGCGCGGAACCGAGUGAAUGCGACGGACGAACGGGCGGCCACCCGGAUUGCGGCGGGAAAGGACCGCGCCGCCAAGACUGCGACAACGAAAAACCGCGGGAAAUCUGCGACGGCUGCGCCGACGACGACGACUUGACGCUGUUGGUGGAAAACCACAUUAAAUUCAACAUCAAACUGGUCGCGAACUCUCGAUCCCCGGCGGUUCAAGAGGAGCACGAUCGCGGAAGAACAUUCGCGCCGGAAAAGGACAAUGUUCGACCGUCGACGAUCGACUGCGAUCCGGCGAAAAAACAAUGGUAA